UUUACGUUAAUAUUUAAUGAAAAUUAAAAAAUUCAUGAUUUGUAAGUAUUAAGUAACAUAGCGAACAAAGGCGAAAUAAUUGAAGAUGGUUUUUCAUAUUAUGUUGAAAAAACGAUAAAUGAUAAGAAAUAUGUUUACUGUAAAAAAAGAAAGUCAAAAAAUUGUCCUGUCCGGGGUACAAAAACUCUGGAUGAGCCCAUCAAAUUCACAGUGAGCACGCACCGACAUGCAUUGGAUUUUUAUAGCGAUGAUGUAAAACGUUUUCGGCGUGAAUUAAUAGCUGCUGCUGAGAAGAACUUGUAUCCAAUUAACGAAAUUUAUGCGACAAUUGCUAAAUCAUAUGUAUCUUGAAGAUGUUACAAUUCAAUUGCCAUAUGCAGUUAUUAGUACUGUGAUGCGUCAACAUCAAAAGGAAGCUGCAGACGAUUUAACGGAGUUACUGACUUACAAGGAUUUUGUAGAUUUUUUUGAACGUGCUGAAAAUUUAUGUUUCAUGUGAUAUGCCGAUAAAAAAAAACGUUAUAGUGUCAAAUGUUGAUAAUGAUGCAUUACUGAUCGGCGACCCAGAGUUUAGCAAGUCGGGUCAGUGUGAUACUAUACAUAUCAGCUCAACAGCAAAUAUUCUCCCUGAUUUUAAUAGCACUCGUCUCCUGACCUUCAUUCUAGGACAAGAUGGACAUUAUGCGUUUCCCAUUGGUAUCAUUCUGUGGACUAAGAUGGCCCGUGAGCCAUGUACGGAAAUUUUGAAUCAAGUGAAACAGCGUUUAUUACCAAACGUAAAUAUCGCUAAAAUUUACGUAGAUUUUGAUUUAAAACUAUUUGUGGAGGAAGUUUUCCCAGAAAGUGACGUCCGUGGAACGUUUAAUAAUUAUUGUCGUAUAAUAUUUCACGAAGCCCUAAGCAAUAAUGAUCUACGCCUUAUGAUUCCUGAACAUGAAGAAUUCUUGAAGAAAUGUUUUUCUUUAAUUCUUUUACCUUCAAAUAAGAUUAAGGAAGGUUUUGAAGAAAUCAGUAACAGCUUACCGGUGGAAAUUAAAGCUCAGCUGACAAAUUUUAUAAAUUACUUUAACAGAGUAUGGAUAGAAGGAGUAACUCCGAGAUCGAUGAGCUUAUAUGAAAAGGUCGAAAGCUUAAAUACUGUCCCCAUAUUGUUCCGGACUACUCUUGAAAAUUAUAUGGGCGAGAAACCUUCGCUGCGGAUAUUUUGGAGCAAUUUCAUUGUUCUUCUUAAUAAAUCGACGAAUGAGCGUCAACGACAAUCGAUUAAGAAGAAUUCGUAUGUCUCUGUAGCUAUUCGGCUUAACUUAUGCUUCAACAAGAAAUUAAUGAUAAGCUUAUGGCAAUCAUUCGCAAAAACUAAAGUAAAAUUGCCACAAUUUUUAAGUACGGUAGCGAUUUAUUAUACAGAUCAUUACUGGGAUUUGCUCCAUAAUGCAGAAUUUUUGAUUGAGGAGCAGUUGGAUCUAUAUCCUCCUUUGGAAAAUGAAGAAGACUCGACUCGUGAAAAUCAAAAUGAGGGGAAUGACGAACAUGAAUUGAUCAUUGAAGAAAUCCCUUCAACAAACUGUGAAAUUUGUAUCACUGGACCCCGAGAGAUGAUCGUCAUUCCUUGUCACCACUAUCGCAUGUGUUUCCAGUGUUCAACAAAAAUAAGCCAUGUUGCAAACGAGAAGAAUUUGCAAUUAAAAUGUCCAUUUUGCAACAGCCCAGCGCAAGAAUUCUGUCGCGUUUUUUAAAAGUAGAGUUCGAAAUUAUAAUACUUUUAUUUUAUCCUCAAUAUUAUUAUGUUUCUGAUUUUAUAUGUGUGUUUGUUUUAAAAAGGAUAUUUUCUAUAAAAUCUAAAAAUAUUCGU